AGGCAAGCGGGAGAGAACAGCCGGGGACGGAGGGUGGAGCCAAACCUGACGCAGUAGUUGUCAGGCAGUGGUGCGGGUCGGUAGUGUCAGCGUCUGACUGGGAUUUUCUUUCAUCAUGGCUCGGUUUACUGUUGUAUUUGCUGCUCUGCUACUUGUGUCGGGCUCUGUCAUCGCUGAGUCAGACUUUAAUGGCUUUGACAUAACUGAUCCCUCUGGCGAUACAACCACCACUGAAGAUGACACCACCACUACCACCUCCACCACCACCACCACCACCACUUCCUCAACUACCACUACUACCCCAGAAACUACCACCACCACUACCCCAGAAACUACCACCACCACUACCCCAGAAACUACCACCACUACUACCCCAAGCACCACCACCUCUACUACCCCAAGCACCACCACCUCUACUUCAAGCACCACCACUGCACCUCCCACCACAACCACCCCAGCACCUAAGCCAACAUCUCACAUUAACUACAACGUGACAGAAAAUAACGUGACUUGUGUGAAGAUUGCCGGAGAGAUCUUCUUUAACAUCAACUACUCUCGCACAGACAAUACCACAGUCAUCGGCAAAGUGUUUGUGCCAUCCCUUGGAGUUGAUGUGAGUGGCUCCUGCAAUGAAACUGAUGGCAGCCAGUGGAUCUCCUUCACCUGGGGCAAGAAUGUUGUACAGAUGAACUUUGACCCUGCAGACAAGGACUCCUGGACCUUCACAGACCUCACUGCCAGUCUGUCCAUGGAUGACUUGGACAAUGCCACAGCAGCUGGCAAGACUCUGAAUUUAACUGUGGACUACAACUUCAACCCUGGUGAAGUGAGUGUCAACCAUAGCUUCAUCUGCCGGGCAGAUCUCUCUACCUCCAAUGUGACAGCAAUGCUUGAUAAGGAUCAUUAUAACUCUCCAGUUACAUCCACCCUCAAGAACAUCCAGAUUCAAGCUUUCAACAAGAUUGGGAAGGAGAAGGACUUUGUGGACUCUGUGCACUGCACUGCAGACAAUAUCUCGGAUGUUGUACCUAUCGCUGUUGGAUGUGCUCUGGCUGGACUGGUGGUGAUUGUGCUCAUUGCUUACUUGGUGGGACGGCGCAGGAGGUCGGGAGCGUAUCAAUCAGUUUGAAGAGGGAUAGGUGGGAAACAUGUGUAAGGAUUAGUAUAUUGGCAUACUAUUUGGGAUAUAGUGGGCUGGCAUUCACUGUGAUAUGUAGAUGAAGGAAGUAUUUGUGAUGAAAAAAAAAAUUUUAAUUCAGCUGAAAACUGCACUAAGCAGUGUCUAUGAAGAUUACUCGCUUCUGCCUAUUCAACUACUAGCAUUGGUUGUGGUAAUUUAAGACUACCCUUUCCUCACUUAGCACAGGGUGGCAUGAUUAAAUUUCCAACAUCAUUUAAUGGUCAACAUUAUAUAAAGUUGUCAUAAGUGUUAUGGCAUUGGAAUUUAUAUAUUGUAAAUAGUUGUGGAAAGAUUUGUUUGGUAGUCUGGAUGAUCAUGAGGUUAUUUCAUUCCUCUUGGGUAUAAUAAGUAUAGAUCUGAUUUUGUAGGAUUAAAAUAUGUCCUCCCUUGAUUUGUUGUGCCAUCUCUUCAUCUCAUGCAAUGUACAGAUAUUGGGUGUCUUGUUUAGUAGUUUGCAAGUGAUAUUAAGUAAAAAGUAUAUAUGAAAGAAAAGUAAGACUUAAUGACAGCACUACCUACCUAUAUGGGAAAUCUCCAAUGCUAUAGUAGUGUAGGACCAAAUUAACCUUGGAAGGGCGAAGGUGCAUUUCCCUAGUCAGAAGGUUAACACUUAGCUUUACGACUUGUGCUCGAGUUUGUAAAGAUGGGUAAUGAGUCUUGAUUCUUGUCUGGUAGCAAUCUUUCCAGUUCUGAGAAUUUGGUUUGGCAAAGAAAAUGGUUUAGAUGACAUGUUCAAAAUUGUGUAAUUAAUGUAUGAACAGGUAGGGUGUAAAGAGCAACUUCCAUCCUUGUUAGAUGCCUUACCUUGUUUACAUUCUUAGUCCUUCAUGACCUGAGAACUUCAUACAGUCUAGUUAUGGGUGUAAGUAUUUUAUGGUGUGAAGUUUAUAUAAGUUUUCCAAGUAAAUAAUUGAAUUAC